AUGCUUCCAGACCUUACACUUGCACCGGUCCAACACGCCAACGACGACGACGAACCCGUUGUUCUUGGACAAGGCAACUGGCUACAACUAGAACGUAUCUCUUACAAGGACAACCAACACAUUGAACGUACAUGGGAACGUUGCAUUCGCAAGACAUCGGCAUCGUCACAAGAUGCCGUUGAUAUUCACGCGAUCAUCAUGACCCCUGAGCCCGAGUUAUUAUUGGUGGUGCAAUAUAGACCUGCUGUCGAUCAAUACUGCGUCGAAUUCCCAUCUGGCCUGAUUGAUCCUGGUGAGGAUCCCGUGGAUGCAGCUGCACGAGAACUGCGUGAGGAGACGGGAUACAGCAUAGAAAAGAACGCUAUCCAAUUACACCAAUCACCUGUUUGCUAUGAACCAGGACUCACCAAUUCAUGCUGCCAUGUGGCUCAAGUGACCAUUCAACAACACCAUUCUCCACCACAAAAACAAGCACUUGAAGCGGAUGAAUGGAGUAUGCAAGUAUUACAAUUACCAUUGAAAACUCUAUUGGAUGAUUUGAAAGAACUUGAACGCAAGCACCAUGUAUUGAUAGAUAGCCGGGUACAUGCAUAUGCUUCUGGUCUUAUGAUAGCAAAAAAGUAUCUUUGUUGA